CAGAUGCAGUAAAUUAGUUAUUUAUGAAUAGAUCUUAGAUAGAGGAAGGAUGUGUCUGAACACUGGCUAUCCGUGCAACUGUUUGAUCAAUGGCAAUCCCUGUGAACCAUGCAGGAUGAUGGCCAAAGACAGGGAGAUAGAGGAGGAUCACCUGUCCAACAACAUCAAUAUACAGAGUCAAGUGGAGAGCACAUGUGAACCCGACCUGAACAUCCCUUCCAAUGGAGUUGUCAGAGAGCGGGGUCGAAACUGGGGAUGGAUGCUGUCUGGGAUCAUUUGUUUAAACAUUUUGAUCCUGGGCUGUGCCUUGGUCACGAGCAGUGCCUCUGACAAUAUCAAUAUCAGCAGCUCUCACCUGCAGAUGUUCCUCAUCAUCCUCCUCCUCCUCACCUCCAUCUGGAUGGUUUAUUAUGUCAUCUACAUGGCCAGAAAAGAAAAUGCUGUUAUGUACAAGGAUGGCCAUGCUGGACCUGUAUGGCACAGGGGAGGACUUGUGGUAUUUGGAAUGCUCAGCAUAAUCAUGGACAUUUUCAAGAUAGCCAGCUAUGUGGGUUACCUCCACUGUGAUUCUGCUGUUAAGGUUGCAUUCCCUGUGGUGCAACUUGUCUUCGUAGUUGUGCAGACAUACUUUUUGUGGAUCCACGCCAAGGACUGUGUGCAGAUACAAAGGAACAUUACACGUUGUGGGCUGAUGCUCAGUCUCUCCACAAAUCUAGUUGUGUGGAUGACUGCGGUCACUGAGGAGUCCCUUCACCAAACAACAGUUCCCGAAUAUUCAGGCAACAUCACUAAACUCACUGGACGAAGCCUGUACAUCAGUAAAGUGGGUUAUGGAGCCGAUAAAUGCAAGUGCAGCCACACUUCAUGUAGCAUCUUCAAGGAUGCCUACUUCUAUUUGUACCCUUUCAACAUUGAGUACAAUCUCUUCGCCUCUGCCAUGGCCUACAUCAUGUGGAAAAAUGUGGGCAGAGUAACAGAAGAACGCAGUCACCCCAACAUCAAAUUCCGUCUGAAUGAUGUAUAUCUUGGUCCUGUGGCAGGAGUUAUCUUAGUGGUGGCAGGUCUGGCAACCUUUAUCAUAUAUGAAAUGGAAAUGGAUAACGAACAUAAUGAUCAUGACCGCAGAGACAAAGCAGUGAUGAUGCACUUUAUCAUUAAUAUAGUGAUAGUGACCCUGAUGUCUGUCUCUACUGUGAUUGGCUGUACCAUCUACAAGGUGGACCACAGAGAGCAUGUAUCAGAGAAGAACCCAACACGCAGCCUGGAUGUUGGGCUGCUAGUGGGAUCCUCACUAGGGCAGUUCAUCAUCAGCUAUUUCUCUAUCGUAGCCAUGGCUGCAACUGGAGCCAAAGUCUACCUGGACAGGCUCAACCUGACCUGGGCUAUCCUGAUGGUGAUCCAACUUGGCCUGCAGAACUUUUUCAUCAUUGAAGGUCUACAUCGGGAGCCCUUCCACGAGGUGCACCUGUCCACUGUGGUUGCAAAUCCAUAUGUGCUGCCACCAAGUAAAGAGCUGAGCAUCCUUGGAGGAUCAAACAUGGACUCAAAGCGCAGCCCAGUACUCACAGCACAUAGCCUGCAUGGCCACACGGUCGAGCACAGGCACAAACUGUUGUGGAAGAGACGGGUGUUGAAGGAGGUCUGUGCGUUUCUGCUGCUAGGCAACAUCAUACUGUGGAUCAUGCCGGCAUUCGGUGCUCGUCCCCAGUUUGACUAUGACACUGAAGCUAAAUUCUACAAUUUCAACAUGUGGGCUGCGAUUGUGAAUAUUGGACUUCCUUUUGGUAUCUUUUACCGCAUGCAUUCAGUCGCCAGUCUGUUUGAGGUUUUUCUGAUCUCAUAAUGCUGCGGGAGGAUACAAUGUGUACAACUGUGUCCAACUGUUUUGACAUUAUAAAGCUCUUUUGUAUAAAUUGUUGUUGUUUGU